UAAAACAAAACCGGAAUUGAAUGAGACCGGAAUGAAACUCGACUCGGUUCUUUUAAAAUCCAAUAAACUGAACAGUUUAGAGAUUCAGGAUGUGCGCGCGCAUCACACACUCAUCGCGUCCACAUAUUUGAUCAAGCUCCUCGUGCGAGAUGAAGAGAAGCGACCGUUAUUAAUCCAUCACGGCUCGCGCAUCCAGCGGGAAAACACUGUCGCGCUCCCAGACGACACGGUCGUUUAAAUGUCACUUAAACUCACAAUUUUCUACUACGAAGACCAUGAGUCGAGUCAUCAUCAGAAAAAGUGUCAGUGGUCACUAAGGAGGCGGCGUUCCCAUUUCAACCCUAUUGGGAAUAUCAUAACGUCUGGAUUCCUAUUUAAAGAACCUACUUUAGAGAUCACGCUCCUGCGAUGUUAGACGCGGCCUAUUCAACGCGAGCGAUGCCAGAGGCUCUUAAUCAUCUACAUAAGGAUCUGGAUUGGAUUGGAGAAUCUACGGUUCCUCACGUUCUAGAUCUCACUUGAAAGUUUAACUCUUCAUCAAAAACCACUGAGGAAUCCCUAAUAAACCCCAAAGAGAGAAAAUUGGUGCCAGCCGCUCCCCAACUUUAAAUCACCAUGACAAGCACCACCAGCGACCAAAAGGACACCUCCUGCCCCCUGAUGUCCAAACCUCACUGUCAGCGGCUGGUCAGCAAGGACGGCCGGAGCCUGAUGCGAGGCAGUGCCCCGGGCUGCAGAGAGACGUGGUUCGGGGCCCUGCGGGACAUGUGGGGGACGUGGCUGGCGCUGCGCUGGCGUUGGGUGGUGCUGGCGUUCUGCAGUUCAUUCCUCCUUCACUGGCUGCUGUUCGCGGUGUUGUGGUAUCUGCUCGCCCGUGUCAACGGAGACCUGGAGGUGCCUGAUCAUAACUCUCCACCGCCUGGCCAUGUGCUGUGUGUCAAACACGUGACGGGCUUCACCGCCGCCUUCUCUUUUGCCCUCGAGACACAGCUGACCAUCGGGUACGGCACUAUGUACCCUAACGCUGACUGUCCAACCGCCAUAGCCCUGCUCGCCCUGCAGAUGCUGCUGGGACUCAUGCUGGAGGCCUUCAUCACCGGUGCAUUCGUUGCUAAAUUCUCCCGCUCUCAAAAGCGCUGUGGUGGGAUCCUGUUCAGUCCUCAGGCUGUAGUGUGUGAGGUCAGAGGUCAGCGUUGCCUGAUGUUCCGCGUCUGUAACCUGCUUCCACGGCCGCUGGUGGACGUGUGCGUGAGCGCCGUUCUCUACGAAGAAAGUGACAACCACGAACUCCACCAAACAGCGAUAGAAUUCAGUGUCGAUAACCUGGGGUCACGACCUUGCCCACUUUUCCUGUCACCUCUGACCUUUUAUCACCCUCUAACUCCAACCAGCCCUCUAAACAGCGCCACAAGCAGCAAAAACUUCGAGCUGGUGGUGUUCCUCACCGCUUCUCAGGAGAGCACAGGCUCCGGAUACCAGAAGAAGACGUCGUACCUGCCCGACGAGAUCCAGUACGGAAGCUGCUUCACCAAGGUGACCUCUCGACACGGAAAAGGCCGGGGGAAAGCCGAAAGCAUGCGCUAUUUUGACACGCAGCCCAGUCCUCUCACACUCCCAAACACACACACCGGCGACACACUGGAGAAAGAGCACGUGUCGGUCCAGAUCAACGGAGAAGGCUGUGACCGGCUGGAGUAGCAGUGCUUUGUUUUUUAGAGUAGCUUUAGAAUUCUCUGCUCAUGAAAAGGGCAUUUCAUUUCAUUUCACAACACAACCUCAAGUUUAUGACUUUUUAUCCCAAAAGACAACCUCAGUUAGUUAGGAUCUGAUAUGUCAACCCAUCCCAUUAGAAACACAUCAAAACCAUUUUUGCUGCUACGGACACAUUUUUGUUUUCCAGAGCAACACAGAUGAGUGACAGCUGCUUAAGAUCUUGUCGGUAAUAAGAGGAAUCUCCAAUAAUUGUAAGUUGAAAUUCUUCACCCUGAAAACCAAUCGUUUGAGCCCUUAUUUAUUCGGUGACUGGACCAUGUCACUGUGGUACCUGUAAUGUACAUAUCUGAGUAGAAAGGCCUGUUUUAAAAAAGUGCUACACACAGAGCUGGGUAGAUUACUUAAAAACUAGUCUGUUACUGAUUACAAAUUACAUGAUGGAAAUGAAAGUUUGUAAUGUAAUCUGCUGGAUUACACACAUCAGAUGAAGUAUUCAGAUUACUUUUAGACUACUUUUUGACCUCUUCGAAUAUAUUCACAAAACACUGCCAUUGUGUAAUUCUGUAAUCUAUAAAAAAGUAACUGUAAUCAAAUUAUGAGCAUUUUUAGAAAGUACUCAAUUUUAGGAAGCUGAUUACAUUGUGCAGUACCUCUGUUACUAUCCAGCACUGGCUACACAGACAUGAGUGAUCCUUGUCAAGAAAGUAUUUUUAUCUAAAUUUAUCUUUUAACUAAAUGUUAUGGAUAGUUCAACCAAAAAUGAAAACUCUGUCAUCAUGUACUGUACAGAUGUGGAUGCUCAUUCAUUAACAUAGAGCGUUGCAGUCGAUACAUUUUUUGUAGGCCAACCCGGAAAUUCACUGUGGUUUGCUCGAAAAAAAAAAACAAUUAUAUUUUCCCAGUUUUUUUUGGGGGGGGGGGGUUAUUGCAUAAAUUGAGGUUGGUGGCUAACAAAAGUUUAUUAUUCUUACAUGUUAAAAGUAAAAAGUAAACAUGGGCUAUAAAUAAACUACAACAUGGUCGCAUGACUUUAAAGUCACCACAAUUCGGCUACAACAACUCUUUAUUUGUAACGUUUUCCCUGAGAGUCUGUGUUAAAAUAGCUUGCAAUAGUUUGACUAUAAACACAGAGGCUGUAAAAGCAGACCAGAAUUGAGAAGAUAAGUUUAUCUGUUCUGCACACUGACGUUUAACAUCGUCAUCAGCCUCUGUAGUCACAUUUAGACACUUGUUGAGACCUCCUUUUUGAAGACAAGUGAAAGAUUUAAAAAAACAAAGGAGUAUUACUAGGGGAUUUUUAUGUUGUAGAGUAAAAUAACUUUAGUUUAACCACAGACUUUAUGGAAAACCCAAUCAAAAGAAACAAACAACAAAAACAAAAAAACACUAUUAGUCAACCAAAUGCUUGUUUCUGGGUUUUGGCCUACAAAAAUAUGUCAUCCCUGCAGCACUUAUUAUUAUGAAAUACUCAGUGGAAAUAAAAUGACCUUUUUUAUAAUUGGUUGAACUAUAUCUUCAAAGUGUUCAUUAACACCCCUAUUAAGUGCCUUCUGACAAACUUUAAUUUUUUUCACCAAAGUCAUGAAAUGGACUUUUGGAUGAAGACAUUGAGUGAACAUUAACAGUGAUGUAAAUAAUAAAGUAUAUAGAUAAAUAUAUAGAUUAUUUACUAGAUUAUUUUUGGGAAAUAAAAUCUCAGUAUUAUCAGUGGAAUGCAAUCUAUGCAAUAAAAGAAAUAAUAAAAAAAAAAUAGCACAAUCCUAUCGGUGGCACAACACUGUAUGAUUUUUAGUCUCUAGGUGACUAUAUAGCACAUGCAUUGUCUGUCUGUCAUUCAGGAAAGACUCACUGCUUUCACUUUAUUAUUAUAUGUAUAAAGCAUGAUUGUAAGACUCUGGAAGGCUGGAAAAGCUUUGUAUUAAUUCAGUUUCCUACAAACAUGCCACAAAUCAAUUUCCUUCAAGCUACACGGAGUGGCAACUGAUCUGUAAAAAAAAAAGUCUUUAUUUUGAUCUGUGGAACACAAAACUGGAGUAAAAUAUCUGUGAACAUGUUGUGGUUUUUGUUUUUUAUUCCUUACAGAACACUUUAUGCUUUAUUAGCAGUAAAUAUUACAUAGUUAACACAACUUAUGUCAUCAAACCACUUCUUUUGUGUGUGUUGUUGACCAAAUCCUGUGCUGCCAUCUAAAGGCUCUUUAGAGAAAAGAAAUGCCACAGAUACAACAAUUAUUACAUUUAGCACAUAUGGAAUUAUACAUAUUAUAUCUAUUUUUUUUUUUUUGGAAAAAUACAGUAAUUUAAUGGGCUUUACGUAAUUGGCAAAACAUUAGAGUUACAGGUAGAUUUUAUGAAAAUAUGUAGAAAGCAGUUAACAAAAAAAGAAAAGAAAA